AUGGCCCCUUAUCCCGUGAUAUCUCCUACUACACCCUCUCCUAAUACCAACACGCAUCCCGGAGAUCUGCGCAAUGCAGCGGCGAAUUUGCGGGUCCUCGCCGCUAGACACGAGCAGCACGGCCAAGUUCCCCCGGGCUACGUCGUGAUGGAUUCGCUCGGCAUGGUCUCAUCCUCCUCGUCCUCGCCUCCUAUUUCAUCUGAUGAACCAAUUCCGGCUUCCAGCCGCUCAGACUGGCCGCUUCUGCACGUCGAUCUAGGCCCUGACGCCGGCCUCGACACAAUGGCUCUGAUCGAGCCCUGCCAAAACAUCUUCAGUUUCCUCAACAGCCUCAACAUGGCGGGCCAUGCAGCCCCUACCAGUGUCCAAGAUGAAGAUACUCGUCUUCGUAAUCCCGCCACCGGCUCCGGCACUCAAUCCGACUUUCUCAUCCACGACAAGGCGUCACGGAUCCUUACUAAGCGCCGCGGUCUCACUGCCACCACGGUGCUCUCCACGAGGACAAUCCUCGGCCAGGUGUUAUCGUAUCCCUCCAUGUUGCUCAGCGGACAUACUCUUCCUCCGUUUAUUCACAGCCAGUGUAACCUAGAUGACAGCUUGAUGCAUGAUUGUGCAAAAGCCCAGAAACAUGGCUGCUUGAGGAGAACGCUGAGCAUAUGUGCAUCUCUGGUGGGGAUGUGGAUGGAUAGGACCCCGGUUAGCAGUCCGUUUGUAUGGGAGACGAUAUACAACGAGAUUAACAGGAUACACAAGGAACAUGAGUCAUUCAAUUCGGAAACACUGCUUGAAUCAACACAGGCAAUGGCGAUAUACCUACUGCUUCAAGCACAGGAUACAGAGACUCUAGUCAAAAACGACGUCAAGUUUCUCCUCAUCUCACUAGGCGAGGUUGCCCAGAAGCUUCAUUCAACCCUUGGAUACAACACAUUCGUCGAUACCAUCGAAAACCCUCUGUGCCGCCCAACAUGGACACUCUACGAAAGCACACGAAGAACACUAGGUCUCCUCUACAUAAUCGAAAUGUUCCUCGAAGUCAACCUCCGCCAGCACGAAUCCCGCUGCUGCCAAAGCUUCGCCGCCGCGCCCCUCCCCUGCAUCCGCGAUCUCUGGGAAGUCCCCUCUACCUACGAAUGGGGCAGGCGUUACAGCGCAUUUCUCCGCGGUAGGACUGUCGACAAGAUCCUCACGCUCGCUGACUAUAAGCUGUCGCACCAACUGACGGCCGAGGAACUCGUCAACGGGUCCGGUACUGGAGAGAUGGGUGCGGGGAUCACCAAGGAUAUCAUGAAGUGGUGUGAGGGCUUGGAUCAGUUUGGGACUUUGGUUUCGAUAGCAGCGACGUUGGUCAAGUAUGAUAGGCCGUUGACAAUGGGAAGCAACGGAUAUAACAAGAUCGCAUAG